AUGAGCUCUUGUCAAGAUUAUUUACAACCAGGCUUUAUGCCUAACGACUUAACUGUAACUCGUUUAAAGGAGAUCCUUAAACAGAAUGAUGUCGUAUUCCGGACAUCCAGCAAGAAAGCAGAUCUUGUACAAUUAUUUGAAGAAAAAAUUCGAAACAGAUCUCCACAAAUUCUGACAGAAAAUUGGGUUGUUAGACAAGGAAAUCAAUCACCUCCUGCUAAUGAUGCAUUUGGAAGAGGUGCAAGUUGUAGAAAUGGAACACCACAUACAAUACAUCAAGUACCUAAUAACAGAUCACAACAACAUUCACCUAAAAUAAUUACUAAGAAUCCACCAGAUAAUUCUUUUAUUUUACAAUCACAAAAUACUAUAACUGAAACAACAAACAAUAAUCCUAUUUAUAUUAAUGAUGAUGACGAUGAUGAUGAUAAUGAACUAAUUACAUCAAAACCAUUAUAUCAGCAACAAUCAUUAUCAAAAAUCAAUGGUUCAUUUACAACUGAUGGAUCAUCAUCGUCCAUAAAGACUAAUGAAUCUAUUACCAUAAAGAGGGAACAACCAUCAUUGCCACCAUCACCGCCAUCAAUCAAUGAACCGCCAUCAUCGUUUUCAAAUCAUCCAGUCCCACCUAUUGCUUCUUCACAAGUCUUGGAUAAAAAUUCAUCGAAUGAACUACAUUAUGAUAUUCUAAGAUAUUGUUGGUUUGGAACUGAAAUUUAUGAAAAUAUUUAUAUCAAACGAAUAAACCGAAUACCACAUCCUGAAGUUUUAUAUGAAUCAGAAAGAGAUCAAAGAAAUAAAAUAAUAAAAAAAAUUAUCUUAAGCAUUUUCAUAAUAUUAUUAUUUUAUCAUAGAAUAAAAAAUUAUGCAGGAUAUUGUGACAAUAUUAAUGAUAGUUAUGAUAUAAAUAAUGAUCUUUUAAGAAGUCUUGUUUGCAUACCAUGUCCCGGUUCAUCUAAUUGUGUUGAUGGUAAAAUAGUAUCAUGUGUAGAUGGUUAUAAAAUUUUGAAAUCAGAUUUUUCUAUUUAUGAGAUGGCUUCGAAUUAUUGUGAAGCUGAAAUGGGAAUGGAAGAAAAAAUCGCAUUCUAUUCUGAAGCUCUUAAAAGAGCUGCCAUUCUUCAACAUGAAAAAAUAGUAUGUAAUAAUGAAAGUAGAGAGACAAUGAAUUUGAAAAAUCUUAAAUCAAAAAUAAGAAUUUUAAUGUAUAAAGAUUCUGAUGAGGAGUUUGAAAAAUUUUUUGAAAGUGGAUUCGAAAAAUUGAAAAGUGAUCCUGAUCUCAAUAUUGGAUUUAUAAACAACGGCAAUCUAUAUGAUGGUACAAAUUUCUAUAUAUUUCCUAAAGAAGAAACUUAUACUAUAAUGUGUACUGCAAGAUUAAAGGCUUGUUUCAUUUCUAUCGUUAUAUUGGGUUGGUUGGUUGGUCGUAUAAGGAAACGACAGAGAGAUCGGAGGUUGGAGAUGCAGGCCACUGAUCAUUUAUUUUGUGUACUCAAGUCAGAACCAACAGUAAUUUCAUUAGCAUGGCGUGAAAUAAUACUAAGAGAAUUGGUUAAUGACAAAUCACAUCAGGAAAGGAUAUGGGUUAAA